AUGAGCGCAGCCAUUGCUACCCAUCCGGUUGACCGGAAACAAACCUCCACAAGCCUCAACACUCCAUCUCAAGUAGCAGCGCCCAAGAAAACUACCCCGACUGCCAUCGUAUCGUUAUUCUCGGGCGCUGUCGCUGGAGGUGUUGAAGCCACAGCAACCUACCCGUUCGAAUUCGCCAAGACACGCGCACAACUGCAAGUAGGCGCUGGCGGCUCAAAAAAUCCCUUUACCGUCCUCUCUCAAGUCGCCAAGACGGAUGGCGUAAGGGCCAUCUACACCGGCUGCUCUACGUUGAUUGUAGGCACGGCUUUCAAGGCUGGUGUCCGCUUCCUCUCCUUCGACUCCAUCCGCAACCGCCUCGCCGAUGAACGCGGUGUCCUCUCACCAGCUCGCGGCAUGCUGGCUGGUAUGCUGGCUGGCGCCGUCGAGAGUGUGGUUGCAGUAACGCCGACCGAGCGCAUAAAGACUGCUCUGAUCGACAACGCGAAGAGCGGCGGGCAACGCUACAAUGGAGGCUUCCACGCUUCGAGAGUCAUUCUACAAACCGACGGUAUUGCUGGACUAUAUCGAGGUUUGGUGUCUACAACUGCGAAACAGUCAGCUACUUCUGCGGUUCGCAUGGGAUCGUACAAUGUCCUGAAGGAGUUCGCGAGGCGGAAAAACCUCAAGCAGAACAGCGCACUUACUUUUGGCAUGGGUGCCGUCGCCGGUGUCAUCACCGUCUACGCAACACAACCUUUCGACACUAUCAAGACACAAGCGCAGAGCGCGCGAGGUGCGAGCACAAAGGAUGCUUUCCGGUCGGUACUGUUGAAGGGAGGAGUGCGAGGAUUCUGGAGCGGUAGCACGAUGCGGUUAGGCAGGCUGGUUUUGAGCGGUGGCAUUGUUUUCACAGUUUAUGAGAAGGUCGCAUAUCUGCUGACACCUUCCAACCAAUAA